CACUCCCAGUUUCGUUGCCUUGCUCUCUUUCUCACCUCCGUGACCCCCCCUCCAUCGGUCCUUUUCCUUCUCCCUCUCCCUUUUCUCAGAGGUUUUCUCUUCCCUCCCCCCGUCUGAUUAAACGCGAAGGAAGUGUGGGAGUGGUGGUUUUGAAGCUCUCCCUUUAAGAGGCAGCCUGCAAUGACGAAUUGUUGAAAUUGCCAUUGCAGGAUCUAUAAAUUCAUUGUUCCACCUCCUCUCAUCUUCACAGCGCUCGCUCGUCUCCUCUUGUUCACAUCGGCAGACUGGGGAUAACAACAACGUCAAACAUCCAUAAACUCCGAGAGUGAGGCUUGAGAUUGAAUCUGGGACUUUUCUCCCACACCCUUACCGGCAAGGGAGGGCUUGUGUUCUUCCAUCUCCCUCUCUCACGCACGCACACGCUUUCUGUCGUCCGUCUCUAACUACAAACGAAACCAUCCCUUACAUCAAAAUAAAACUGAGAGACGGAGGAAGCCAAGGAGAUCCUCCGGACGGGAAUUGCUGGAAGUGCCGAUCUCACUCUGUCGGAUGACUCGGUGGCUCCAAGAGAGAAGUGUAAAGUCCUCCCAACUUCUCUGAUGCCUCCUGGCUGCUGGGAGAGCCGCGUUUCUCUCCCGCCUGUAGUCUUGACUCGCCCCGCCAAGACAGCAGCAGUAACAGCCACCAUCGCCUUUGUUAAAAACAGUCUGUUCUCGCCCUCUGAUCUCCCCUCCCGAUCCCCGACCCGCCAGGCGAUUACCCGGCUGCAGAGGCCACCAUGUUGCUGAAGUUUGUUUGUCUGCUGCUGCCUGCAAGCUUGCAAGCGGCGGCUGCCUGCUCCGCCGCUGGAGUUUCCCCAGCAACUUCAGCACCUGCCUAUGAUAAAGCUUUGCAGCUCUCCAACGGAACAGCAGGAGCGGCGGCUGCCCGAGCAGCGGGAGUCGUGCCCCCCUUCUUCCCGGAGCACCCAGCCAGCGGCAUCGUGGAGAGCGUCGACCAGACCUACUCGGGGGGUGGCAAGGUGGGCUACGUCCUCUACGCGGGGGGGAAGCGCUUCCUCUUGGAUCUGGAGAAGGACGCGCUGCUCGGCUCUACGGAGCAGCUGCUCCGGGGCAGGGGUCACUGCUACUACCGGGGCACAGUGGACGGGAGCCCCCAGUCCUUGGCGGUCUUCGACCUGUGUGGCGGUUUGGAUGGCUACUUUGCGGUCAAGCACGCCCGCUACACUGUGAAGCCUUUGCCCCGGGAAAAGGCGGAGGACGGCGAGGAGGAGGUGGAGCCCGCUAGGGAGCGGAUCUACACCGAUGCUUCUGACCGGGUGGUACACCUCUUCUUCAGGGAUCAUUUCUGCUUCGAAACGCUGCCUUCUCGCCCCAGCUGCGAAACUCGCGGGUCUGCCAGGCCCCCCUUUCUGGAUCAAAAGAGACUGACGCGGGAGCAGGAGGAGAUGGAUUUUACCACCAGGGCGGCGCUCUCCGCCAUCUUCUCCCCAGCGGCGGGCUCCAGAAACAGGAAGCGGCGCUCCAUCUCGAGGGCCAGGCAAGUGGAGCUUCUCCUGGUGGCCGAUGACUCCAUGGCCAAGAAGUAUGGUAAGGACCUCCAUCACUACCUGCUGACCUUGGCCACCAUUGCCUCCCGGCUCUAUGGGCAUUCCAGCAUUGAGAACCACAUCCGCCUGACGGUGGUGAAGAUGGUGUUACUGGGGGACAAGGAGAAGGGCUUGGAGGUGAACAAGAAUGCAGCCACCACACUCAAGAACUUCUGCAAGUGGCAGCACCAGCACAACCAGCUGGAUGACGAGCACGAGGAACAUUACGAUGCUGCCAUCCUUUUCACCCGUGAGGAUUUAUGUGGGCAUCAUUCAUGUGAUACUCUGGGAAUGGCUGACGUUGGAACCAUAUGCUCUCCUGAGCGCAGCUGUGCAGUGAUUGAAGAUGACGGCCUCCAUGCGGCUUUUACGGUGGCUCACGAAAUUGGACAUCUCCUUGGACUUUCCCAUGACGACUCCAAAUUCUGUGAGGAGAACUUUGGUUCCAUGGAAGAUAAGAGACUUAUGUCUUCCAUCUUGACAAGCAUUGAUGCUUCUAAACCAUGGUCCAAAUGCACUUCAGCAACAAUAACAGAAUUUCUGGAUGAUGGCCAUGGUAACUGUUUACUGGAUCAACCACGAAAACAGAUCUUGGGCCCUGAAGAACUUCCAGGACAAACAUAUGAUGCCAUUCGUCAAUGCAAGCUAGCAUUUGGGUCUGAAUACACAGUGUGUCCUGGAAUGGAUGUGUGCUCUCGUCUGUGGUGUGCAGUUGUUCGCCAAGGUCAGAUGGUGUGUUUGACCAAAAAACUCCCUGCUGUGGAAGGGACGCCAUGCGGAAAAGGAAGGAUCUGCCUUCAGGGGAAAUGUGUUGAUAAAACAAAGAAAAAAUAUUAUUCGGCUUCAAACCAUGGGAACUGGGGAUCCUGGGGGCCUUGGGGACAAUGCUCUCGUACAUGUGGUGGAGGUGUCCAGUUUGCCUAUCGUCACUGCAAUAACCCAGCACCUAGAAAUAAUGGCCGGUAUUGCACAGGAAAGCGGGCCAUCUAUCACUCCUGUAAUGUCCUGCCCUGUCCUGCCAAUGCUAAAGCUUUUCGCCAGGAACAAUGUGAAGCAAGAAAUGGCUACCAAUCUGACGCAAAAGGUGUCAAAACCUUUGUAGAGUGGGUCCCCAAGUAUGCAGGAGUGCUGCCAGGAGAUGUUUGCAAGCUCACCUGUCGAGCCAAAGGAACUGGCUACUAUGUAGUUUUUUCUCAAAAGGUGACAGAUGGAACUGAAUGCAGGCCGUAUAGUAAUUCAAUCUGUGUCCGUGGCAAAUGUGUGAGAACGGGAUGUGAUGGCAUUAUUGGUUCAAAGUUGCAGUAUGAUAAAUGUGGAAUCUGUGGUGGAGACAAUUCCAGUUGCACAAAAAUUAUGGGAACCUUUAAUAAAAAGAGUAAGGGCUACACAGAUAUUGUGAAAAUACCAGAAGGAGCGACACACAUCAAAAUCCGACAGUUCAAAGCUAAAGACCAGACUAGAUUCACAGCUUAUUUGGCCCUGAAAAAGAAAAAUGGUGAGUACCUUGUCAAUGGAAAGUACAUGAUCUCAACCUCAGAAACCAUUAUUGACCUCAAUGGAACUGUCAUGAACUACAGUGGCUGGAGUCAUAAAGACGAUUUCUUGCAUGCAAUGGGACACACAGGCACAAAGGAGAUCUUUAUUGUGCAGGUUCUUGCAACUGACCCAUCUCAACCAGUGGAUGUCCGUUACAGUUUCUAUGUGCCAAAGAAGCCAACCAAAAUGACAAACUCUGUCACCAGCAACAGCAGCAGUAACAAACAGAUGCCACCACUCACACAACCCCAGUGGGUGACCGGACCAUGGCUUGCUUGUUCUCGAACGUGUGACACAGGCUGGCAUACAAGAACUGUCCAGUGUAAAGAUGGGAAUGAAAAAUUAGCUAAAGGAUGUCUCCUGUCUCAAAGACCUUCAGCAUUCAAGCAGUGCUUGCUCAAAAAAUGUUAACCUGUGGUUGUGUGGGCUCCUUAAAAAGGAGUCUAAUUAAGUCAUAGUUGACAUAUUGACAUAAGAUCUACCCAGGCACAGAGAAAAGCCAACACUGAUAUACUUUCAUAUUGUCUGAAAUUAUGGGCAGAAUCUGCCUAUUUGGACCAAAUGAAGAUAUGCACUGCUCUGAGUCAUAGUGAGGUGAUCUUAAUAUGUCAAAGGCACUAAACAUUAGUUGUUACAAGCCCUUUGUUCCUGCAAAUAAGAAGAGGAUAAACCAGUGAAUCAUCUCCCUUUUCUCACCUACCUCUAAACACAGUAUGUCCUUAGACAACUUGUCAUACUUACCCAUGAUACCACAAUAGCUUCUUUUAUACUAAUUGUAAAUAUCUUUGCUUUGGUAUGUCACUUUAUAAUCACUUGGUCUUCUCAUGAAAGAACAAUGGCCUUUCUGUGUGACACAAGUGAUUGACCAAAGUAUAUCUGCAGCCAUUGAGGAGUCCUUCAUCUUUUCAAAAAUGGCUAUGGAUAUUUUACUGGAAAGCUAAAGAACUUGCUGCUGUAUAAAAAAAAUUAAUUUUCGACAACAGGAAACACAUUUCCAUUCUAGGAAUUUCUUGACAUCAGAGUUUAGUUCUAUAUUAAUGCCUUUCUCGUAUAGGCACACCUCUGCAGCAGAAAGAAAAGAGCUGCUAGUAUGCUUCUUUAAAAGAAAAAAGGGCAUACUUAAUUCUGUAUUAGUAAUUUAGAGGGGGGCAACUAUGUAAACUACUUAAGACAUGAACCAAUCCCAUAUGUGCAGCCCCCCAAAUGGCAGGGAGAUGGUGUGAGGGAAUUCCACAUGUGGAAGCACCAUGUAUAAGUAGGAGUUUGCUGAAGGACUGGAUCAUGCCCUCAGUGUCUUCUAACUCAAAUAUUCUGUUCGCAUCUUUCUGUGAAUAUUCUGAAAUAUUCUGUUCUUUUUAUUAGUUUCACUGUGGCUUCUACUGGAAAUCUAACAAUGUAAUGAAUUGGUUAUCUACUGAGGAAGCUCUGACAAAAUCAAAAAACAUAGCAAGUGUUUUUUGCAUGUAGCAAUAUAUUGACCAAUAUUUCUAAUUCUGGGAUACAUUUUACAAGUAAGACAACCGAGACCAGAGAUCUGCACAUGCUCAGCUAUGAACAAAGAUCUUUUAUGUGCACAAACUGUCCCAUUACUCCAAUGAAGGAAGUGCAAACUUUUGCACAUGUGGAUUGGGUCAUCCAUUGACGUGAAGGGGGCAUUAUUUCAGGUGCACCUCAAAAUUCCCAUACAAUGAAGGGUACCCAUGCACAAUUUUUUUUUGUUUUUUUAAAACAACAACUAUAGAAGAUAUUUAUAUUUGAGACAUUGCAUAUUUUUGUAGAUUAAGACUGCAGUCCAAUACCCAUUUACUUGGGAGUAAGCUCCAUUUAGCAUAAUGGGACUGACUUUCAAGAAAAUAUGUAUAGCAUUGCGCAGUUAGGGCCACAAGAAAAUAUAGUCAAAUUUAAAAGUGAUAGUUGUUGUGAAUAUUCAUAAGAGUAUUUACACAAAUCAAAUGGUGUGGGUUUUUUCCAUAUCAUAGGCAAAUGGAACUUUUCAUUUUAGAAAGGUAACAUAAAUACCUCAUUGGAAAUCAGGUAAAUUUAAUUCAGUUUUGGAUCACGUUGAUAUAAUGUGGAUAAAACAAUGUAUAUUGGUAUAAAAUGUGGGUGGAAAUUGCACCUCUGCUCCCAGUGCCUUCCACAAAUAUUGGAAGUAUAGGCAAUUCUGCCUUCUUGAUUUUUCAUUAAAAUGUAGUUACAGAUUUCAAUGGAAUCAGGACUGUAUCCUAAAGCAGCCUUUCCCAACCUUGGGUCACCAGAUGUUGUUGGACUACAACUCCCAUCACUCCCAGCCAGCAUAGCCAAUGGUCAGGAAUGAUGGGAAUUGUAGUCCAGCAACAUAUGGUGACCAAUGGUUAGGAAAAGCUGCCCUAAAGAUCCAGAUUUAAUUUUCAUUAACAUUUUGAUCCAAAAUCUUCACACUCCAGCACCAGUUCUGAUGUUACUCUGGAACAAUGGUCAGAAUGUAUCAUUUUAAGCAUUUAUUUUAUGAUGUAGCAAACUUUAGGGUGAACAGAUCAAAUCUACACUGUUAAACUACUCCAUAUUUAUGAGCCAGGAGUGGGGAACCCGUGGCACUCCAAACAAAUUAUCCCUGAUCAUUGACUGUGCUAGCUGGGGCUGGACUCCAACAAUUUCUGGAAGGUAUCGACCCCGAUAUAAGCCUGGUUUACUAGAAUGAGGCUUUUAGCUGUGUGACAUUUGGAGAAUUAGAUGGUCAAGUAGAGCUCUGGUAUUUAAUAUGAACAGAGUAGCUCUCGCAUUUAUGAGUAAUAGCUGACUUGAUUGGAGAUAAUCAACAAUUAUGAUUGAUAGUUGCACUUUUACAUCUGGGUCACAAAGUGAUCAGUGGCAGGGCAGUAGGCAGGGAAGGGUGGAAGGCAGAGAAGCCAACAGUAAGCAAGGGCCAGAGCCAGUGACAAGUUGAGCCAACUAAUUCUAGUUUUAUUCCCAUUCUCCUUCCUGCUGAGUUCUGAAAUGGCAACACUGGGACUAAGACAGAAGAAUGACAGGCAGUGUCCGUGCCCUGGACUAGUUGUAAGUAGGCGACAUGUGGGGGCUGGCUGAGAGCAGGCUUAGAUUGGUGGGGAGUUCCCCAUUUGCCCUAACAGACUAGCCUCCACUGAAAGUGACAUUGGAUUGAAUAAUGUAGGUGCAUUUGCUAGGUACAUAAUAUGGAGAUCCAAAUGAACAGUUGUGGUUUCCAGAAAACACAUGGCCAGAACAAACAGCUGUUCUCCAGUUCAUCUCUAGCCAUAUGUAGCUCUGCAUGACUAGCUAUGGCAGAGUAUGGAUGGUAGUGCACAUCCUGAUGUGCAUCAGAAUGUGUAUCCCAUCUAUAGCAAAGCGUGAAUUAACAUCUACAUUCAGAUGAACAUCUAGAUGUGCCUCCAGUUUACACCUGCAAUUCCUGUUCCUAAGAAAGAGAUCCACAUAUGGAAGACAGUUCUGCAUAAUGGUUCCAUCAGUGACUAUGGGACUGGGAGAAAUACCAGUUCAAUACAUUAUUUGAGACACACUCUGCUCCAAAUUAUGGAGGUUCUGAGAUUUUCAGCCUCUCUCAUACCAUUAAAACAAUUCAGCAAGAAAUAACCUUAUGUACAUAAUCAAGUAGAUCGAGCUGUCUAUAGAGAAAAGAUGCAACCCUUUCUUCAGUUUUCUUGGGAUGUGAUCAGUUUCUCUCUAACAAAAAAGAGGAAGGGAAGUGCAAAGAUUAAAAAAUAAAAUGAGAUAAACCUCAAACUGGUGCUGAUCUUCAACGCUUAAUCUUUUCAUAUUGAUUCAAGAAUUCAAUUUGGCACAAUCUUCAGGCUCACUUUUCAAUAUUCCCCUAAAUUCUUCAUGAUCAGAGUCCUGAGGUGCUUGAAAAUUAUGGAGUUGUAUCAGUCCAUCACUGUUCCCGGAAACAGUGGGGGGGGGGGAGGAUGUAUAGCCCUCCAGAUGUUGUUGGACCCCAAAUCCCAUCAGUCCCAGCCAGCAUGGCCAGUGGUCAGGGAUGAUGGGAGUUGUAGUCAAACAACAUGCAGAGGAUCACAGAUUCCCUAUUCCCGCCUUACACUCAAGUAUUUCCACACAGUAGUAUGGGAAACUUUUAACUAAACAUAGUCCAUUCAAGGACAGGAAAGGGAAAACUCGAAAAGGAAGAAGCUACUGAAUUCAGUAGCCUAAAUGCAGAGAUGGUAUACAUACAGUGCAAUCCUAUACAUGUAUGCUGAGAAGUAAGUCCAUGAGUUCCAUGAAGCUUACUUCCAAGUAAGUGUGUUUAGGAUUACAGCAAUAGUGAUCAAAGUUACAGAGCACGUGUAAGUUACCCAAACUCAAAUAAAAGGAUGAACAGAGUGUAAAUUUCAGUUUCACUACAUCAUGAUCAUAGGACAUGUGUGAUAUACUAAUCAUAGUACAUUUUAGCAAGAAAUAAAGAGGCAAAAUAAGGAGGCCUGUGUGUUUUGACCUUUUCCUGCACCCUCCUUACAUCUCUCAUUCUUCCACGUUGCUUUCCGCACUCAUUAAUGCGAAACUGGUGCCAAUUGUGUCACUUUAUCAUUUGACUGUUUGAAGCAGGUCAAUCCCAGGGACUCAGAUCUAGUCACCACCUGAUUUACUGUUUCGUGGGCAGAUCUUCUCUGAAAAUUCUUCUAGCUAAAGGGGAGCAUAUCCACUGCUAAAACACAACUAGUGCCACAAUUCAGUGCAUCUCUGCACAUUGAAUGCUAAUUUUCCAAAUUAUCCUCUACGCUAGAAAGCCAAGCUGUAACCUUCAAGCCUCAUGUUGUCACUGUACAAAACUUCUUGAGAAUAAAUGGUUUGACUUAUUGCCACCAAUACUAUUGAACAUAUCUGGAUGCAGUCACUUUCCCAUGGAAACUUUAUCCCAUGGGGAAGAAGUGGGAAAAUAUGUUGGUAGCUGAUCACAGAUGUAAAAUUUUUUAAAAAAAAAAAACAUACAAGAAAGCAAAAAGUAACAUAGCACUGAAAAAAAUAAAUAAUUUAUUGUUUUUACAAAUUGAUAUGUGAAUGGAUGUAAUGGAUUUAUUUAUUCUUAUUUAACGUGAAAUGCCAGCUGUGGAAAUUAUUCUAUAUUUAAAUUGUUUUGCUAUCACUUCUUUGUCUAUCUUUAUCUCCCUUUUCCCCCUUAAAUUCAUGCCUUAUAUUUGAAUGGAAAGUACUAUGUGAAUUUAUCAACGCACAGCACUGGUUGCUUUUAUAUUGUUUUUAUUUGAUUGUUAUGGAAAGUGUGCGUAUGUGAAUGUGGUGUAUGCAUGUGAGAGUAUGGUAAAUAGUAUGAAUAAAGAUAUUUGGGUGUAUGGAAGUGCGGGUGUUUUCACAUAUAUAAACAUACAAAAUGCACAUGUAUACAGAUAUGUAUAUGUAUACUGAUAUAUUUUACAGUCACAGCUUUUCCUUAUAAUUACUUCGCCAUGUAUUAUUUUCAAAGUUUGUACUUACCGGGUGGAAUCCGAGGUUUAAAUAUUUUUAAGAGCCCUCUCAUGUCACCUCAUUCUAGUGCCUCUAGGGCUGCUCCUGCUAUUUCAGACAUUAACUGCAUAGCUUCCUCUGGAACCCAGAACCUCUUGGGGAAGCUGUUUGUGUGAAGUAAUUCUCCUAUAAUUUCCAUGUAUUCACCUGCAGCCCCUGCUCCUUUUGAAAAUGAUGGAUUUGAUGAUUUGACUUAAACCAUUAGUGGGCCCCUUAAUAUAAAUGGCUUCCCAUGCUGGCGGUAUAUAGGCAAUUCCCCAUUUCAUUUGUGGUUAUGCUAUCAAAAUAAUGUCUGAAGUGGGUUUGUCUCACAAGCUCACUUUGAAGCUGUUUGCACUGGUAUUAUGACAAACUAAUUGCACAAACCAUUUUCUGUGGGCAGCAAAAUUGUUUUGCCAGAGCAAAACAUGGUUACCGCAGAGAUGGCAGUCAUUUAUUUCAUAUCCCACCUUACAGGUGGCAGUGGGCUUCAAAAUCAAUAAGACCUAACUAUACAUAUAUCAGUUAAUGCUCGUUGAUUUCAAUGGGGCUUGAACGUGACUGUAGUAAAUAGCUCACAGUUCAUAUGGAGAGCAAGGCAGUUGAUUCAAUAGUCUCUGCAUCUGAAGCUGAACAGGCAUAUACUCUAAGACAUGUUGUUCAAAGUCUAAAGUCUAGUGUGCCAAAUAUGACAGGACAGGGGCACCUGAAGAUUCCUGGCAGCUCUGCAGUACCAGAACCAAAAGGUUUCUCUCAUACAUGCAUUUCCCCAUUGCUUCUAAUAAAAAUAUGUCAGAGCUGCUUCCAUUUCUUCCUCAGAAAAGCUUCAGAUAACCUGAUUAGGGAGAAUGCCAUUAGCAUACCCAGGAGAAAUAAUAAGUACUAGCUUUGGCACAUCCUCAGUGCAAACAAUAGAGGCCUGAGGAUGAAGAAAAGUCUGGUUCAUGUUUCUGGGUGAAAAACUGCUGAUGAUCUAAGGGUGCAAAAGCAACUAAAUCAAUCAUUGUUAAUGAGACAACUGGCUUACGGAACCAGGUUCCCCUAAAUCAUAUUGUAAAUGCUGCAAGCCUGUGUCCAUUUACCUGAGAGUAAACCCUAUUUCACUCAGUGGGACUUCCAAAUAGACAUGUAUAGUAUUAUACUGUCAAUUUGGAGUAAUCUUGGAGCAUUUUUACUUGUUAAAGGGAAAUUCACUGCUGCAAAUCAAAAAAAUGCAACAAGUUAGACCAACAGUAUUAGUAAUUCUGAAAUAUAUUUAGACCAUUCCGUUUGGAAGCCAUCACAUUUUGCCAAUUAGUUUCAGCUGGUUGUUCCAUCCUCAUGGUUUCAAAUUACUGGUAAGUCCAAAUAUGACAUCUGAAACAUUUUUUUUAAUGGCCAGAAAACCUAGAAGCUACCACCAUUUCACAUAUGCAAUAACUGAUGAAUUUUGUGAAGUAGUUGGCUUCACAAGAAGAAACUGGUUUCACUAGGUGCACAUCAAAGAAAUGCAUGCACUUAUUUAACGCUAUGAAUAAUUCCACAGAGAUUAUUUUGCCGAUAGUGCUCCUUAACAAUGCAAAAAUAUGUAAUGCUUUCUGUCUAUAAAAAGCAAGAGCAGAUCUUUCACAGUGACUCAAAAACUCUAGCAACCUGACUGUUGUAACAUCAACCUAGUACAUACAUUUCUCAAUAUACGGCAUCUAAGAUAAGUAUGAGCGUUUCAUUAGCUUUUCCUUCCAUGUACAAGUUUAUGUAGUUUUCCAAGACUGUCCAGUUUCACAAUUCAAUUGUUUUAGCAUUAGUAAAUAAGUUCUGAUGUUCAGAUUUUGCCUGAAUACUGGCCUAUAACUUACUUUGUCCUUAAAUGUUUAAAUUCACACUCUUUAGAAUGCGAAAAACAUUUAAGGGCAGGCACUCUAAUUCAGCAAAUCAGUACUUUUAAUUCUAUAACUAAUUUGGAAAUUCUCAUGUUUAUUAUUCAGUGGAGCAAGAUAAGGUGUAGGUGUUGUCUACCACAGCUGAAGGCAUAGUGUCACAAUGAUUAGGAAGAAAGACAACACACUGAAAAUGUGUUUUUAUACCAGCUGAAGACAUUUCUAUAUAAAAAAUUAGAUAUAUAUGCAAAUAUGUAGCAAUUCAUGUAUCGUUAUAAAAAUGCAUACUGUAUAUGGAUGAGCAAGGGGAUCUAUAUCAGCCUUCACAAACCUGGUACUCCAACCCAGUAGUUUUGGACUACAACUCCCAUCAGCUUCAGCCAGCAGAGUCUGGGAUGGGAGUUGUAGGCCAAAACAUCUGAAGAGCACCAGGCUGGCGUAGGCUGAUGUAUUUGAUUUUUGGAUACAUAGUGUGCAUUUAUUACUACCACUACAUCAGUCUAUGCCCAGAAUAACUUCACAAGAGUUGACAAUUUACAUCAUUAAAUAUGUGAAAUGCAUGCAAAAUACAUUUUACAAACAUUAAGUAAAAUUUGAUGUGUUAUACUAUAAACACAUGAUGGCACUACUCAGCAAAACCCAUUCAAAACAUACAGGGAACUGCUCCUUCGAAUGCUAUACUAAAACAUCAGUGCACCAGGAAAAUGUUGAGAGCUUCAUCAUCAGUUUAAAAGUUGUUACAGAGAAAUAAAUGGGGGGUAUGAAUACACACAUAAGGCAGAAAAGACUGAGAUAGUCUAGGACUCCCUAGAAUAAACAUUUAUGGAGGUCUUACUGUUGGAAGACGACUUAGAAGCAGUAGGUUCAGUCUUACUGCCCUGACAGGACACAUUGUGGUAAAACAUGGGCAGACAGUCUAUGGCAAGCAUGCUACACCACAGCAGUACUUCACAGUCCUCCCUGACAGGAGGAUAGAAGCUCCAAGGCUUGUGCCUGGUUAAGGUAUAAAGUCUGGCUUGCAGUCUUGUCUGUGCAGCAGCUCCAGCAGAGCACACUUCAGAUAUAAGUUCUGGCACACAUGUCAAAAAUGCCAGCCUUCACUUGACUAAAGCACCACAACCUCGCUUUUUUCCUUUAACGUUACUAACGAAGGCAAACUCCACAACUGCUCUGAGUAGGGAGGAGGGAGAAAUCUUGCAUUUCAAGCCAAAUCUAUCAAACCUGCACUUUCUGAAAUAACAUGAGGACCAAAACACAGCCAUCUUUCCAAAUGGGCACUUAGCCAAAUUUUGUGAUGCAGCUCACCAACCAAUGUUUAUAAAAAUGCAUAUAUUAGGGGGAAAUGUGCAUAAAAUGAAUAUAUUAGUAAAAAGAACAUACAAAAACGCAUCCUAUUAGAAGAAAUUGCUUGCAAAAAUGUGUAUGUUGGUCAAAACUGCAUACAAAAAUGUAUUUAUUAGGAGAAAUUCACACAAAUGCUGGUAAAUUUUCAUGGGGGGGUUGAUUCACAAAUUACUGCAGAAAUGUAGAGAACAAUUUAAGAUGAGAAAAAAAGAAAGAUCCUAAAUUGACAGACCUAAUCUGCAGUCAACCUUGGGCCAGUCACUGUUUCUCAGCCUAACCUACCUCACAGGGUUGUUGUGAGGAUAAAAUGGGGAGGGAGGAACCAUGUAUACCACCUUGGGCUACUUGGAGGAAAGGUGGAGUAUAAACGUAAGAAAGAAAAAAAGCUUCAGAUGGAGACAGGUAGAUAUUCCAAAUCCUUCACCAUGUAUAUUGUUUCUUCUGUUGGAUUUUCCCAUUUCCUUCUGACAAUGUAUUGACCAAAGCUGGUCAGUGUUCCAGAUGAGAACCAACACUGCUAAACUAUAAAGGUGCUAUAAAUUCUUGGGUCUUUCAUAUGAAUCUGCUGUUGAUGCCAAGCAAAAUAGGAUUUGUUUUCUUUUUGCAUUUACUGGCCUUAUAUUAAAACAGUUCAUUAUUGAGUAUUUGUGUGGCCACUGUGUUCUGUAAUGCCUUGCACUGGGUGUUUUCAACCGUUAUUGGUAAUAUAAGUACACCUUAGGAAGCUAAUGUCUGUGUUGCCAGCUUUUUAUUUUUCUUUAGGAACAUGACUUACCAUAGUCAAUUAACACUGGAGAACACUGCAGUGUCAGCCAUUGUACAAGAUUUGUACUGUACUAUGAAAUGUUAAAGGCCAAUGCUUGAUUCUAUACAACUAUGACGAUCAGUGUAUAAGAGACCAGUUGUGAUCUUAACUGAUUUCGUGGCUUCAGUUAAAGUAUUAAAG